GACAGCUAUUCGUACUUCUGCCAAAAUGAAGGAAGACGUUGAUGGAACGUCUGCGUUGCACCCUCCACCUCCGCCGCCGCCAAAUUCAGACGCACAUUCGAUACCUCCACCUCCUCCGCCGCCUGACACUCUCGCCCCCCCGGCACCACCACCGCCAGAAGAGCUUUCCCAUCCUCCGCCACCGCCAUCAUCUCCGCCAACAGAAGCCGCAGUACCAAAUUCAGCGGAGGCUUCUACCAAAAAAACAAAAUCUGGAUGGGGUUCUAAGCCGGCAAAGACUCCUCUUAGCAUAGAAGAAAUUUUGAGGAAGAAGAGAGAAGCGGACGCGGCUGCCGCCAAACCCAAAUUCCUAUCCAAAGCUCAGCGAGAGAAGCUAGCGCUUGAAAAAAGGGCAAAGACAGUCGAGGAGCAAAAGAAGAGGACAGAUUCCGAUCUUAGCUCCGGCUCUAGGACUCCGCUGCCGUCCAAUGGAACCCCAAAUACCAAAGUUGCGGAUGUCAAUGGAACCUCUGUUGUGCCGACAGGCCCAAGGGCUUUGCGACAAAGCGAAAUACCGACAGGCCCAGCUGCAAUGCGAUCGUCGCUCCCCAAUAAAGGAUACGACAUGGUUCCGCCCCCCCCACCGAAGCCGAUUUCCUUCGGAAAAUCAUCGAAACAAUUAGAGAAACGACCGCCUACUGAAGAUGCUGAAGCAGCACUGAUUCGACAACGAUAUAUGGGCGCUGAUACCAACACCUCUACCUUUUCCGCGAAGAAGAAGCGAAGAAGAACCACCGAGAGAAAGUUCAACUUCGAAUGGAAUGCAGAAGAAGAUACAAGCGCGGAUCACAGUCCGUUAUAUCAGACACGAUCCGAAGCGAAUUUCUACGGGCGCGGCCGUUUGGGCGGCUUUGCAGACGACGUGGUUGAAGGGGGCGUGAAGAAAUACGCAAGAGCGCUCGAAGAACGAGAUCGUGAUGCUGGAAGCUUUCGAGCAAGAGAACUUCUUGAAAUGGAAAGGAGAAGGAAGGAGGAAGGCGGUCGCCAUAUGCUUGAUAGACAUUGGAGUGAAAAGCCUUUGGAACUUAUGCGCGAGAGAGAUUGGCGGAUCUUCAAAGAAGACUUCAACAUCAGCACAAAGGGCGGAUCCAUCCCAAAUCCUAUGCGCUCUUGGGCAGAAUCUGGGCUACCGAGACGUCUGCUCGAUAUAGUCGAUCAGGUGGGCUAUGUGGACCCGUCUCCUGUCCAACGUGCAGCGAUUCCAAUUGCUCUUCAAUCAAGGGAUCUCAUUGGUGUCGCAGUUACAGGAUCCGGCAAGACAGCAGCCUUCUUACUUCCGUUGCUCGUUUAUAUUUCCGAGUUACCGGCGCUCAAUGAACUGACAAAGAAUGAUGGUCCUUAUGCCAUUAUAUUGGCACCAACGCGAGAGCUGGCUCAGCAAAUUGAGAUCGAAGCGAAGAAAUUUGCGACGCCUCUUGGUUUCACUUGCGUGAGUAUUGUAGGUGGCCACUCUCUUGAAGAGCAAGCCUACAGUCUUCGUGACGGAGCAGAGAUCAUUAUUGCCACGCCGGGCCGUCUAGUGGAUUGCAUUGAGCGUCGAGUUCUUGUCCUGAGUCAAUGUUGCUACGUAAUCAUGGACGAGGCAGACAGGAUGAUCGAUCUUGGCUUCGAGGAUCCGGUGAAUAAAAUUCUGGAUGCUUUACCAGUCGCAAACGAAAAGCCCGACUCUGACGACGCCGAAAACGCGGUUGCAAUGAGUCGACAUCUUGGUGGGAAAGAUCGAUAUAGACAGACCAUGAUGUACACAGCGACCAUGCCCUCGGCAGUGGAGAGAAUAGCGCGAAAGUACCUGCGAAGACCUGCCAUUGUGACUAUUGGAAACGUUGGCGAAGCUGUUGAAACCGUAGAACAGCGGGUUGAAUUUGUCGCUGGAGAGGAUAAGAGAAAGAAAAGACUUGCCGAAAUUCUUUCAUCCAGGGAGUUCCAUCCGCCAAUUAUUGUUUUUGUCAAUAUCAAACGCAAUUGCGACGCGGUUGCCCGGGAUAUCAAGCACAUGGGAUUUUCCUCUGUGACGCUCCACGGAAGCAAAACUCAGGACCAGAGAGAGACAGCCCUAGCAUCCGUUCGUUCUGGGCAGACGGAUGUCUUAGUUGCCACCGACCUUGCUGGUAGAGGUAUCGACGUGCCUGACGUUAGUCUGGUCGUAAAUUUCAACAUGGCUACCAAUAUUGAAAGCUACACUCACCGGAUUGGUCGUACAGGUCGUGCUGGUAAAAGCGGUGUUGCCAUAACAUUCCUUGGCAGUGAGGAUGCCGAUGUUAUGUAUGACUUAAAGCAAAUGCUGAUGAAAUCGUCAAUUUCUCGGGUCCCUGAGGAGCUUCGUAAGCACGAAGCUGCCCAGCAAAAGCCUCAACGAGGAUCUCAGAAGAAGAUAGAAGAGAGCAGCGGAUUUGGCGGAAAGGGUGGCUGGUAGCCAUCUGCAAACUCAACGGCAAAGUCAGGAUAUUUACUUCACAAUACUCUGCCAUCGAUAUUCUUUCGUGAACCUCUCGAAUGUCACGGCUCGUCCACAUUUCAAGCCUUUCGAAAGCACAAGGAGCUCCAAACACAUCAAAGCCCACCAUGCAGCUGAGCAUGUGUAAAGGCAAGUAUUGGUUUGUGGCUUAUAGACUCAAGAAAUUGUCCAAAGCUGCUUGCGAUUUUCUGGUGUGGUUCCAUUGUCACUACUACUGAGUGUGUACG